GCCUCUCAGGGUGUAAUCAGUCCUGAGAGGCCCACUGAGGACGCCGCUGCAGCUGGGAGGUCCCCUGUGGGCGCUACCUCCCCUGGGAGAGCUCCUAAGUACACCAUCAUCCUUGGGAGGGCCCCUGGGGGCACCAUUGCACCAGAGGGGUACCCUGGGAGCGCCGCUACCUCUGGGAAUUCCCCUGGGGGCGCCAUCGCCCCUAAGUGGUCUCCUGAGGGUGCAGUUUCUCUUGGGAGGGCCCCGCAGGGCUCUGUGGCCCCUGGGAUAGCCUUGGGAACCAAGGGUGCCCUUAGGUGGGUCCCGGGGGCGCAACCGCCUCUGGGAGGGUCUGUGGGGGCGCCAUCAUCCUUGGUAGGGCCACUGGGGGCACCAGAAGUUCUGACAGGGCCCCUUGCAGUUCCCCUGGCAGCGUCUACACCCCUGGGAGAGCCCCUCAAGCCGUCGCAUAUGGCCUCUCAGGGUGUAACCAGUCCUGAGAGGCCCACUGAGGAUGCCGCUGCAGCUGGGAGGACCCCUGUGGGCGCCACCUCCCCUCGGAGAGCCACUAAGUAUGCCACCAUCCUUGGGAGGGCCCCUGGGGGCACCAUUACCCCUGAGUGGUCCCCUGGGAGCGCCGCUGCCUCUGGGAAUUCCCCUGGGAGCGCCGUCGCCCCUAAGUGGGCUACUGAGGGUGCAGUUUCCCCUGGGAGGGCCCCGGAGGGCUCCAUCGCCCCUGGGACAGCCUUUGAAGGCGACGUCGCCCUUAGGAGGGUCCCUGGGGGCGCAACCGCCUCUGGGAGCGCCUGUGACGGCGCCACAAUCAUUGGUAGGGCCACUGGGGGCACCACAGCCCCUGACAGGAGCCUUAUGUAG